GGCGUUUUGUUCCGGUGACAUGGCGGCGCACAGAGAGGACGACACGGAACAGCGUUGUAGGAAUAAAUAGUAAAAGAAAUAGUGAGGGUUUUUUUGUUUGUUUGUUUUUUAAAUGAUGAAUAUUUGAAAGCGCUUGUGAACAUUCUGAGGAGAUGAUGGUGGCGUUGUGUUUGCGGCGAGCGCUGUGUCACGAGCCCCUGAGGUCGGCGUUGAAGAGCCACAGAGGCUACAGCAAGCUUCAGCCCUCGGCCAGCCAAUCUGAGCGCCUGCGACUCUUUCUGGCCUUUGCAAAAAGGCCAGACCAGAAAAGGGCGGAGCCUGGACGAGAGCUGAGCAUCCGAUUGGCUGAUGGCAGAAUGGUGAAAGCAGUGUCAGGGGUCACGACCCCGUUACAGAUCGCUCAAGAUACACGGGUGAAAGGAGCUGUUGUGAGCAGGGUGAGUGGUGCAUUGUGGGAAUUAUCUCGCCCUCUAGAGGAUGAUUGUGAGCUUCAGCUGCUCGACUACGCCUCCUCAGAGGGAAGACAGGUGGUGUGGAGGACAGGUGCGUGUGUGUUAGCGACUGUGAUGGAAACACAGUUUGGUGCUCAGGUGUGUCGUGAAGGAGUUUCAGACACUGGACUGUACUGUGACUACAGACUGGACAACAGCUCGGUGUGUUUGGAGGAGGUGGGGCGGAGGUGUGUGGAGGCAGCGGCAUCAAAACUCCCCAUCAUCACGACACAACUGAGUGCACACCAACUCCGACAGCUCUUCCAGGAUGAUGAUGUGAGGCUGCAGUGUGCUGAGGAGGCUCUGAUGCUCGGAGACACAGUCGGCGUUUACAGGUGUGGAGUGUGUGUAGGUGUGUGUUCCGGUCCACUCCUCCCUCACACAAGCUUCCUGCGCUCCUUUAAGAUGUUACAGGUUUCUCCCGUGACUCUAUCAUCCAAUCCGGACACAGCAGGUGUGCAGAGGAUGAUGGGAGUUUCGUUUCCCGGUGAGAAGGAGCGAGUGCAGUGGGAACACGAGCAGGAGGAGGCCAAGAAACGAGACCAUCGACGCAUCGGAAAGGAGCAGGAGCUGUUCUUCUUUAACGAUGUCAGUCCAGGAAGCUGCUUCUUCCUGCCCAAAGGAGCUCAUAUUUACAACACGCUCACUGAUUUUAUAAAGUGUGAGUACAGGAGGCGGGGCUUUAGUGAGGUCAUGACCCCAACCCUGUAUAAUACGUCGUUAUGGCAACGCUCAGGUCACUGGGAACACUACAGCGAGAACAUGUUUACCGUGACAUGUGAGCCACACACGUUUGCCCUCAAGCCCAUGAACUGCCCUGCCCACUGUGUGAUGUAUGAGCAGAGAGUGAGAUCGUGGCGUGAGCUGCCACUUCGCUGGGCCGACUUUGGCGCGCUGCAUCGCAAUGAGCACUCGGGGGCACUAGGGGGCCUAACUCGGGUACGACGCUUCUGUCAGGAUGAUGCACACAUCUUCUGCACACCUGAGCAGUUAGAAGAAGAGAUGACUGCGUGUUUGGACUUUGUAAGGAGUGUGUAUCGUGUGUUUGGUUUCACAUUCCAUUGCUUGCUCUCGACUCGCCCCGCCCAGUUUUUGGGAGACUCCGCCCUGUGGGAUACCGCAGAACAGCAGUUGGAGAAGAGUCUGCAAUGUUUUGGCGAGCACUGGGAGGUCAACCCCGGUGACGGUGCUUUUUAUGGUCCAAAGAUUGAUAUCCAGAUCCGAGAUGCGAUUGGUCGACAGCACCAGUGUGCCACCAUCCAGCUGGACUUCCAGCUGCCAAUCAGAUUCAACCUGGAGUAUGCAGGAGCGGAUGGACAGAUGCACAGACCCGUGAUGGUGCACCGUGCGGUUCUGGGCUCACUGGAGAGAAUGAUUGCUAUUCUGGCUGAGAACUUUGGUGGCAAGUGGCCGUUCUGGCUUUCCCCAGCGCAGGUCAUGGUUUUGCCAGUAGGGAGUGAAAGUGAGCAGUACGCCCGGGACGUGGUCCAGAGACUGAAGGAGGCAGGCUUUAUGGCUGAGCUUGACGAUGACCACGGUUCCACCUUAAAUAAAAAGAUUCGCUCAGCACAACUUACCCAAUACAACUAUAUAUUUGUGGUCGGAGAGAAGGAGAGACAGAGCAGGUCAGUCAGUGUGAGGACGAGAGGAGGGAAACAACUUGGUCACAGGUCAUUGGAGGAAGUAAUAACAUCACUGAUGGAGCUUCGAGAGACGCGCAGCAACCAGGAGGAUUUCUAAAACACACACGCUCUGUUUCAUGGCAGGAGUAGUAAACCUCUCAGAACAGAGGUGUGUGUGUGUGAGCGAGGACGCGAGAGCGAGAUGUUCCGUCAUCCACACUACUGUAUGAUAUUUAUAAUAAAAUAAUGUCAUUUA